UUUGUUUUUAACAUUCAGUAUAAGCGACAGCUUGAUGGAUCAAAACAAUAAUUAUAAUCUACUAAACAAAUCAAUGCCAAGACAAUUAUUGCACGUUUAUAUGGAACUAACUUUUAGAGAAGUUAGCUAUGUAUCAAGCUUAUCACAGUUGCUACACAUUCGAUUCUUAUGUAAACCGUAUACAAGAAUGUUUUUCUUGAUAUCGUAUGCUCUCAUGAUAUUAUGUAUGACAAUAACCUUUGUCGAGACAAUUUGGAAAAACUUAUCAUUUCUUAAAUAUAAAGUCAGAGAAAAAUCAGAUACGCAAAGCGGCUGGACUGAAAAAAUUAAAAGUAUUCAAAACGAAGUGUAUAAAGAAUUUAAUGUGCAAGAUCUGCUUGCAUCUCAAUGUCAGGACCAUUUACUAGCAGCAGACCCAUCUAAAUCAACAAUUGAAAUAAAAGAACAACACAAAAUUGCGGUCGGCGAUAGCAUUGAUAUUAAAUUAAUAAUGUUUGAUGGUUACGGAAACAUGAAAACAAAGGGCGGGGACUAUCUUAGAACAAGACUUUAUAAUGAUAAUUUAAAAGCUUAUGCCAAUGGAGAGGUACUAGAUCAUAAAAAUGGAUCGUAUACAAUUAGGCACAACGCACUAUGGGCAGGACAAGCUAAAGUUGAAAUAGAGUUAUUAUAUCCAAAAGAGAUUCUUUCAGCAAUGAUUCGCAGAAGACAUCAUUGGCAUUUUAAAGAUAUACGUGCAAUAUUCGAAUCUUUUAAUACAUCCGAAUCAGCGCAAUGUCAUUCAGACAAGUACGUAUUUGAAAGAGACAAAAAAGGUUCAGAUUUGUGCAAUUUUUCUUAUUGGAAUAAAACAAUGCCUUGGUAUUGUCUGAAACCUGUCGACAGAACUUUGUCGUGUAAUGACUUAAAGAAAUACGAACGUAAUUGGGUUGGCUAUUUAGAAGGCCUUAAUGAAUGUGAACUUCGUCUUGUAAAAAGGGAUCAGUAUAGAGUAGGAGAUAUAAUUAAUAUAAGAGUUGAAGCAUCCAAAAGGGCUCACAAGCAACCAAACGAUGAAAUGCAACCUUGUCAUACUUACAAUCGAAGCAAACUAUGGUUCAUGAAACAAUCAACAGGUUACUUUCACCAAGGAAAGUGGAUACUAACACAUUGUGAAGGAAAAAUAAGAAAUGUAGGAGAAUGUCUUCGAAAUACAACUGUCUACCUAUGGGGAGAUUCAACAAGUUUGCAGUGGUUAGCUUACCUGCAAUCCUCAAAUCUAUCUUUAGGUUGUACACUUAAACGCAUGUCUGGCGAACGAUGGCACACAAGAUAUGAAGCAUAUUGCUUACAAUAUAAUAUAUGGAUUAUUUAUAUACCUCACAAUAUACCAGCUGUUGCUGGUGGGGUAUCAAAUAUGAGUAGCUACUUUUCAAAAACGUUACCUGAACAAGUAAAGGAUUUCAAAAAUACAAGCAAACGUAUAGUUAUACUUCACAUUUAUUCACAUUUACAAAUAGAACGUAUUCAAUUUUUCAUAGCAAAUGUUCUUGCGUUGCGGUAUUAUUUAGAAAAAUUAGAAAAAAUGGACCAAACUAAAAUUCUCAUAAAAUUACCUUAUACACAUCGUGACGAAGGAAUUAACGGAUGGACAAUCAGACAACCUGACUACAUUGGUUUUUUAUAUGAAUCUAUUAUACGAAAGGCGUUUACGGGAAUGCACCAUUUUGUCAUUGCUCUAAAUAACAAAGAUAUAACAAUCUCAACGAAAAAUAUUAAACUUCAUCCUGAAAACAUUGUUAUAACGGCUAUGGUAGAACAAUUUUUAUAUUAUGUAUGUUAGGUUUUAUAUUGAUAUAUAAUCUUUAGAUUCCUUACCGUAGGCUUUUUAUUACUUGGAGACCAUACGCCGCGUUUCAUGGAAUGGCAAGAAAGUGACACAUUGAAGGUUCCAUGAUAACCGCCGUAUGAACACAUCUGCGGAUGUUUCUAAAUUCAAAAUUUUAAUAUUUCAUGUUUAAAUGUUGAAUUUUGCUUUAGCCGGUGCUAGGGGGUGUGGACGGUAACUUGCACUUUCCAAUACCGUCCAUGAACAGGCUCAAUCAAACCGAUCUUGCAACAUUUUCAAUUUUGUCGUGUUGGGCUUUCUUUAGGGAUUCUGUAUUUAUCUAUUUUUUCAUUUGACUGUUCGCCGGUAUUAUUUAAUCGCUUGAGACAAAUUCUAGACACCUACAAAUUAUAUUUUAGGCUUAUUGACUGAGUCUUUUAGCAUAAUAUUUUGUUGAUUUAUAUUAGAUUAAAAAAUAUGAUCAUGUGUUCUUAAACAAUAUAAUAAUUUUAUUUAUUUGGUAUAUUAAGGACUUUAUAUAAGGGGUCUAGAAAUAGUAUUUGCUAUUAAAAUAAUGAAUACUAUAAGUGAGUCCUUUGAUGUUCUAUUUAAUCCGAAAUAUUAUUCUGGGUAUUUGUUUUUCAACACAAGAAUGAGAUAAUUUGUUCGUUUAAAACAUUACACCUACAAUCAUAUAGCUACUCGUAGAAAUGGGCGAGUUAUUUUAUGUUACCAAUAAAUGACAAGCUGAGGUGAGUUAUUUUAAAAGACUAACUACCUUUAAGGUCGAAAUCCAUGAUAUUUUCCAUUCACGGGACUGUUAUCAUAUGAAUGAAAACAAAUAUGACAAGAUGAAAAGCUUUAUUAUUAUUACUUGGACACUAAACAUUUACUCUUGGAUGGUCCCUUAACGAUAACGCCACAAAGGCUAUUGUCAUUCCUCAAGAUGUAAAUAAUUUUACCAUGUCAGUAUAAAAAACAACAUAAGAUCAAAGUCUUGAAACGGUCCUUUAAGAUGUUUUUUUGUAUUUACUGCAAAACGUUUUUGAUAUAAACAUGCUUUGUCGCAGAACCAAGUUUUUAUGCCAAUAAUAAACAAAUUUAAGACGUGUGCACAGGGAAUUACUAUGUAUCGUACGUAUUUACGAUCUAGGUUAAAAUGUCCUCAAAAGUAUGAUGAAAAAAGUUCUGGAAUAAGGUUAAAAUUUCUUAAAAAUGAAGAAACAUGGAAAACAUUUAUACAUUUGUACGUACUAUUUUAGCUUUCACUCACAAUAUAUAUAGUUAAAAUAUAAUAGCAAACCUAUGAUUAAUCUAUUAGACUUCAUACCUCUACUGGUUUUGCAAUAUCUUCAGGAGGAAUAUGAGUAAAGUAACAUAAAAAAACGUUAUUGACGUCACCGUUAACAAAAUAAAAGGAUAGUCUGUUUAAGUGCUUUAUUGUAAUAGUAAUGUCUGUUUUAGUAUGAUGAUAAUACUGCUACAGUGCGAUGAUGGCUGUGUUAAGAUUCUAUCGACAGCGAAUAAUACGAUGAUGACAGUGGUAUAGUACGAUGAUGACAGUGUUAUGAUACUGUUGACGGUGGUAUAGUACGGGCAUGACAGUGGUAUAGUACGAUGAUGACAGUGUUGUAGUAUGCUGUUGACAGUGCUACAGUGCGAUCAUGACAGUGCUUCGGUACGAUGAUGACAAUGCUAUAGUUCGAUGAUGACAGUGAUAAAGUACACAUAUGACAGUGUUAUAGUGCGAUGGUGACAGUGCUUCACACUUAUUGGCCUAAUUACCGUACAAUGAUAACAGUACCACAGUACUCAGUUUUAUCAUAAACAUCACUUGAGGAACUAAUUACCCUCUCGAGUCACAUAAAUAUUUAAAUAUAUAAAACAAGAAGGUGACAGUUAUUUUAUAUUCAGGUAGUGUUUUAUUGCCAUAAAUAAAGUCAUUUUUUUAACUAUAUGAUAAUCUCAUCUUGAAGUGACAAAAUAAGUAUGACAGUUAAAUUUAAGUGGAAAGAACUAGUUUCGCAAUCUGCUUGAAUAGAUAUGUUUAAACAAAGUAGAAUGAUGACAGGACUACAGUACGCCAGUCUUCCUCCACUAAGUUGCGAUAUGACUUUUAAACUGUUGUUGCGACGAUAUACCCAAACCAAGAUCAAAACAAAUAAAAGAUUCAUUGAUGACAGUUAGCCAUCGUUCUGUCGCGUUUUAUGUAUCUGAGAUAGAUAAUGCAAUAACCCUAAAAAGUGUUUAACUUAAUUCAAAAUAAAAUACAAAACAUAAAAUUUCAAG